UUUGCUCUAUAAGUUAUAAUUUUUAUUAGUUCGAUCAAAAUUGUGACUUUGAAAAUUAAUGGAUUACAUGAUAUUCUUUCACCUGCAAAAAUUAUAAAGACCAUAAUUCUUUUUCCGAAAGAUGUUUAAUAGAAUACAAUAUCAUCUCCUUUACAUGUUUAAAACCGUAAAACUAAAACAAUAUAUCGUGAUCACCUGCAUUUCUCUCUCUCUCUCUCUCCCUCUCUAAUACCUCUACGCACGCAAACAAAAAUAUAACAAGAACAAAAAUCCAUCAGCCGCAUUUAGCGCUCCAACUGUCAUAUCUCAUGAAUAUACAUACUAGGUCACUUUUUUCCCAAUAAGUAUAACAAAUCCCUCUAUCCAAACACGCUCAUCGCUUCCUCAUCUCCAAGCAACAAUGAUACAUUAAAUCCGCAUCGAUCAAACACUCGCUCACUCGAAUAAACAAAAGAGCAUCUCCUCUCAGUCUAGUCCCUAACCUCCGAGCGCAAUGUGUCACAAGAAUGUCGUACAUCAGCAACGAUCGAUCUAAUCAAAUAAGCAACCCUCUUCUGACCGGCUCGUUUCUGCACCUGCCCCACACUGGCCGGCGCAGCCGAUCAUCGUCAGCUCCGGCGCAGCGGCGGUACAAACGCCGCCGCCACCGUCGUACAUCAGCCGUCCUCUACUCCGACAGCGAGCAGUACAAAUGUCGUGAUCGUCAGGAGACGGAGGCGGCCCAACCGGGACAAGCUCCUCAUCGGCGACAUGGCCUCCGACAAGGUGUUAUAUCGGCUGGACCAGCCUCAUGGCCCAGGAACGUUAUACAUAUCUUGGCGGCCAGGCAACAGUACGCAUCUGGCUACAACAGGAUGCGACUCGACAGUGGCUAUCGUGGACAGACAGGGAGAGCUACAAGAGCGUAUUCAGCUGCCUGGUUUAUGCACUGGUUUUGGUUGGGACUCUGAUGGCGAUGUUCUGGCCGCCGUGACAAGUGGUUCCUCAAUCAUCGUGCUCUGGGAUGCAACAACAGGCAAGAGGUCACAAGUAGAUGCUGGAGUCAGGGAUGGACUUACCUGUAUGAUGUGGGCAAAGAGGAACUGUCUGCUUGCUGUUGGAACUCAGAAGGGAAAUUUGGUCAUAUACGAUCACAUAAAUGCAAAGAGAAUACCAAUUUUGGGAAAACACAGGAAACGUAUCAUUUGUGGUGCGUGGUCAAUGGAAGGUCUCCUGGCCCUGGCUGGGGAAGAUAAGAUUUUAACUGUCAGCACAAGUGAUGGUGACACUCGUAGAGAAAUAGAGCUCCAUGGUGAUCCAUCGGAUAUACAAUUCAGUGAAAUGAAAAUGGAUCAACGAGUUGGAGGAGAAAAUACUGUAUCAUUGAUAAUUGGUAAAACCACGUUGUAUCUGUACAACAUCCUAGACCCGGAUAAUCCAAUUGAAUUGACAUUUCAAAAACGUUAUGGUCCAAUAGUAUCUUAUAAAUGGUAUGGAGAUGGUUACAUAUUGUUAGGUUUUGAAGCUGGUUACAUUACAGCAAUUUCAACGCAUAUCAAAGAAGUUGGCCAAGAGUUAUUUCAAGUAAAGAAUCAUAGGGAUUCUUUGAACGGCAUUGAUAUUAACCAGAUAACGAGCAAAGUCGUGACUUGUGGUGACAAUAACUUGAAAGUACACAGUUUACAAAAUUUGGAAGAAACGGAAAAAGUUAUUGCAGUCACUGGUGAAACUGGAGUUAGUACGGUGUCCUGGUCAGCUGAUGGAUCAAUGCUAGCAGCUGUAACUCAUAGUGGAAAUGUUCUGAUUUAUCUGGCUCAAAUUCCAAAAUUGACAAGUGUUUGUGGCAAUAGAAUUGCUGUACUUGCUAGUUUGACUGAAGUUGUAGUGUAUUUGUAUACUUUAGAUAAGACUAAACCUUCACCUCAAAUAAUAAAUACGAUAAUAGAACCAUCAAUCAUUGCAGUAGGUCCACUUCAUGUAGCGGUUGCUUUAAAUAAUAGAGCUUUAUUUUGGAAUUUAACCAUGGGACAAAAUACCAACUCAUCCAUGAUACAUUUUGAAAGAGAUUACUUAGCUUCUGUGGAUUCGAUGAAUUUGAAUGAAAUUUAUACCUCUGUCCUUUUUGAUGGCAAAUUGCAAUUGCAUGCAAUCAAAAGUGAUCCAACUUUAAUAAAUAACGGAAGGGAUACAAAAAUGUUUCCAGACCAAAGUGCCUUAAGUUCUAGAAUAACGUGCCAUGCUCUUUCCGCGGAUUUUCUGGUAUACGGUGAUGACAUGGGCAACAUUGUAUAUUUUUAUCUCGAAGAGUUCAAACAAGCUAUUAAGUACUCUCACAGUCAUGGUGUAAAACAAGUGUACUUGGACGCUAAUGGAUCUCAACUAUGUUUUAUGGAUAACAAAUUAGAUAUUUAUGUAUAUGAUCCAAUCAAUGAAUCAAUUUUUCAAGCACCCGACUGUCUUGAUUCUGUUGAAGGAGUUGUUUGGGAUCAAAAUCUUAUGGAGCGUAAUGUAUUUGCAGUGUACAAUAGCAAUACUAUUGCAACCUACGUUUUUAUAAGAUAUCACAUAGAAGGAUCAAAAGUUGUUAAAAUUAGUGACACAAAAUUGCCUUCCGAUACUGUGCCAGCACUUAUGUACUCAGGUGAAAUGACACUAAGCAAUUCGGGUAGUAAAUUAAUGCAGAUCACUUUAUCUUCGCACGAAGAAAUUGGAAAUAUUGUCGAUAAUAAAAAGUUAAUAGAAAUUCUUGGUAAACAAAUACUGUGCGGAAGGUUCCAACAAGCUUGGGAGACGUGUCGAAGAUUAAACGAUAACAAUGAAUGGUUAAAGCUAGCUGAAGGUGCACUUGUAAAUUUAAACCUAGAAAUAGCUACCAGAGUAUACCGACAUAUUGAGGAUGCCCCAAUGGUGUGGUCGAUACAGAAAUUAGAAAACAUCAACGAAUAUACCCUAUUGUGCGGUCAUGUCUGUACACUUUUGAACAAAUACGACGAGGCCGAAAAGUAUUUCCUUCAAUCUACUCAACCAGUGGAGGCCCUAUACCUGAGAAGGGAUCUAAUGCAGUGGGUGCAGGCGUUGAGCUUGGCUCAAAAUCUUAAGCCAGAAGAGAUACCGUUCAUCGCGAGAGAAUACGCUCAACAACUCGAAUUCACAGGAAAUUAUCCCAAGGCUCUGGUAAAUUACGAGCGGGGCCUGGCUGAGACGACGCCCGCUUUGCUGCUUCAGAAUCCAAGCCAUCGAAUACAAUGUCUGGCUGGAGUGGCUCGUACAUCCAUAAGAUGCGGCGACAGUCGCAAGGGCGUUGGCAUCGCUAUGGAGAAUGACAGUCCCAGAUACCUGAGAAAGGAUUGCGCCGAGAUUUUGGAAAGCAUGAAGCAAUUUAACGAAGCUGCCCUGUUAUACGAAAAAGCGGAGUACUUUGACAAGGCAGCGUCCGCUUACAUAAAAUUAAAGAACUGGCACAAAGUUGGCCAACUUUUGCCACAGAUAUCCACUCCAAAGAUUAAUAUUCAAUAUGCUAAGGCCAAAGAGGCCGAGGGAAAAUACGAAGAAGCGGCUAGAGCUUACGAAACUGCCAAAGAUUAUGAUAACAUUAUAAGAAUAAACUUGGAACACCUGAAUAAUCCCGCGCGAAGCGUGGAAGUUGUGCAGCAAACUAAGAGUAUAGAGGGGGCCAAAAUGGUGGCUAGAUUUUUCCAAAAGAUGAACGAUUACAAUUCCGCCAUAAAGUUCUUGAUAUUGUCGAACUGCCACGACGAAGCUUUCCAGUUGGCGAAUCAACACAGUAAGAUGGAGUUGUACGGUGAAAUUUUAGCGCAUACCAUGGAGGACGGCAACGUCAGGAAAGAAGACUUCAAGAGUCUUGCCAUUUACUUUGAGUCUCAGAAGAACAGUUUGUUGGCCGGAAAAUAUUACUUCUACGCAAGAGAAUUUCACAAAGCUUUGAAGCUUCUAUUGAAAGCUGCUCAAAUAACGGCAGAUGAUGACGAAGCAUUAAGUUUAGCUAUCGAUACGGUAGCUACGUCAAGGGAUGAGAAAUUGGCAAAUCAGCUUAUAGAUUUUCUUCUAGGAAGCGAUGGCUUACCUAAAGAUCCGAAAUACUUGUUCCGUUUAUACAUGGCACGUAAGCAAUAUCGGGAGGCGGCAAAGACGGCAGUUAUUAUUGCCAAUGAAGAACAGAUCAAUGGAAAUUAUAGAAAUGCUCACGAUGUUCUGUUCAGCAUGUACCAAGAACUAAAGCGAAACAAAAUUAACGCACCUCUAGAAAUGCAAACCAAUAUGAGACUAUUGCAUUCUUACAUACUUGUUCGUCUCCACGUUAAAAGAAACGAUCACCUGAAAGGAGCAAGAAUGUUGAUACGCGUAGCAAAUAACAUCUCGAAAUUUCCAGCUCAUGUCGUGCCGAUCCUGACAUCUACAGUGAUCGAAUGUCACCGCGCAGGUCUCAGAAGCGCUGCCUUCAAUUUCGCAGCAAUGCUGAUGCGGCCUGAGUAUCGAUCGCAGAUCGAUGCCAAGUAUAGCAAGAAAAUUGAAGCGAUUGUACGAAAACCACCGCGCACCAAAGAGAAGGAUGAGGAUGAGCCCCUGACCAAUUGUCCUUACUGCAAAAGUCGUUUGCCCGAAACCGAGGUCAACUGCGACAAGUGCAAGAACACCAUUCCUUUCUGCAUAGCAACGGGCCGACAUAUAGUGGAAAACGAUUUUACUGCCUGUCCCCAGUGCGACUUUCCAGCGAUAAGGAGCGAAUUUAUGAGAAUAAUCGAGACUGACGAGACUUGUCCAAUCUGCUCGGAGCACGUCGAUCCGAAGAGCGUCCCUAAUAACUUGGACAUCCGUCCUUACCUCUACAUUCACGAACGUGACAGCAACAAAAUCGAAACCUAAUCUUCUCAUAACUUUGACUUACUCUGCAACGCUCUAUCGCUGCAUGGUCUCCAAACAUCGUAUUUAAAUAAUACCAUACGAUUAUUUCUUUGCGCGUUAGUAUUAGGUGAUGCCAUUGCGAAGCGUCUCUGUAUAUCGAAGAAGCUCAGAAAAAAGACGAAGAGGACGCUUUUUGCGUGCGCUAUUGCGAAGAGGAAACCUGUUUAUACACCGUGUAUAAAUCAUAAUGCCGUCCGCUCUAUUGCAACUCGAUCUCGUUCUCUCGUGAGAACACAACGAAUCCGUCCAAUCUUACUGUGACUUGUAUUUUUAUUAGUACAUGUAAGUUAUUUUAUUGUGUGUAUUCGCGGGUUGAGAGUUAAAAUGGAAUACGUCUUCUGCGUUCGUAUUAUAAAUUUCAAGGAUUCCCUCGAAGGUUUUGAUUUCACGUCAAAUUUGACAGACUGAUUAUUAUUAUUUUUUUUUUUAUUUAUACGGCUUUUGCGUUUUCUUGGAAAAAGGCGUAUCUUCAAAUUAUUAUUAUUUCUAUUUACAAAAAGAAGUAUCAACGCAGAGUAUUAAAAGCGCGUCGUUGAUAACGAGUUUGAAAUAGUCAUCCUCACGACACUCGAAAUAGUCUUAUUUUAACUCUGACCGAUUAAAGAGCCACCUGAUCAAAUUUGACAUCAAUGAUUAUUAAAGUAUAGUGAUACAUCGUACCGCUUACUCGGCGGUACAUAUGAACUGACUAGCUUUCUCAACCUAUUCCAUUGUAAUUCGUCAAGCCCCUAUAAACUGUAGAUACAGAACCGCAUCUAUAUAUAAGAAAGAACGGAAACUGCAACAUCAAUAAAACCUGUCUUGCUCAAAAACUU